CGAAAUAUCACAGCUUUACGCCCGAUUCUGGUACUGCCUGUGGACCGCAACUCAUCAGCGCAUCUCGACUCUGCAACAUAAACAAAACUGUUUCGACAAAAUGUGCCAUUUUGAAAGAGGGUGGCAACCAUGCGACUGAAUUUUAUGACUUUCACAAUAGUUCAGCGAAGUUUCAAGAUUUCAGGCCUGCUGACGACUUCAUCAUUAUUUAUUCAACGUGAUCGCCACUACUUACAAGCCGAAUAUACCAAGCAAGAUCUAUUUGAAGCCCGGCGGUACGUGCGACAAUUACAGCGAAGCAUCUUACGUCUUCUACGAGAUCCCCAUUCAAUAAUGUCCGAGACGGACCCUUCUUCAUUCCGACGUCAGCAGCCCGAGCAUGGUUUUGCCUCGCACAGACAGGGGAAGCCGGACUCUAAUUGUCGCACCUGCAACGACUUUAAGUCAUGGUCCAAGCAACAACGCAUCAUCUCAAAUGUGCAGAACUCGAAGGACAAGCACAUGGCAGCGGCAGAGAAGUUGACAGUAAACGCGGCCGAGCUGCCACGUGAGGAUUGUCCGCUGGACAAAGUAAGCCUCGGCAUCUCUACCUGGGGACUGCUUCACACGAUGGCGGCAUUUUACUCUGAUAAUCCGACUGACAACGAGAAGCGUGACAUGAAAUCCUUCUUUGAAGUCCUCUCACGACUCUAUCCGUGCGAGUUUUGUGCUAAGGAUUUCCGCACUGACCUUACUGUGAACCCCAUCAAUGUAAACUCCCAAAAGGAACUGUCUUCAUGGCUGUGCAUGUUCCACAAUAGGGUGAACGACAAGCUCGGGAAGCCACUCUUUGAUUGCAGCAAGGUAAACGAGCGAUGGCGGGAUGGCUGGCUAGAUGGUUCUUGUGAUUAGAUGGAUCCAAUCCAUCAUAGACUAACCCUAACCGCCAUGACGGAUUACUGGAUCUGGAUGCUGUUCCACCAACUCAUCGUCAUCGUCAUCACCAUCGCGAGCAUCAGCCUCAUGCCCCACGUAUCCAUGUUGAGAAGACUUGACUCGCAUAUUUCUCAACAUGCACAUGGCACCUCUAACAUCUAGUCAGUGUUCAGGCAGUACUCCAUUGGCGUUCCAAAUUCCCGAUGAAGCGUUUGCUUAUAUUUCCUUCUCCCCAAGCAAAGGCUUAAGCACUUAUUGGUAAAUGAGUAGAUGUUAAAUUAUAUGUAUCAAACCAAU